UCAAGUUCGACAUUCGUUAUUCAAGUUCGACAUUCGUUUUUCAAGUUCGACAUUUUUAGAGAUUGGGACCUAGUGAAAGGGCUCAAUUGCGAGGGACUGGACACCACAGAGACGACUUUACAUGUGCUGCAGAAAGUGAAUAGUGAAAAUGUCUCUAGAAAGAUGUCGAAGCCUUCUGAAAGAAGUUGAGGCGGAACUUUCCAAAUCUUUCCCAGGUAAUACAGAGACAACAGCAGCUGGAGCUCCUUCAACAGAGAAUUCUACAAGUACUGUCCCUUCUUCUAGCAGUGGAUCGAACAUUGCGCCAUCAUUGACCGAAUCAACAGGUCUACAUCAAGAACACAGAAGAUUGUUUGGUUUUCGCCCUCAAGGGAACAGUCGACACCGUCCAUACAACAACAACAGAAAUGGGUUUUCUAACAACAAAACGUCCAAGCCAAAAAAAAGAGCAACAUUUACUAGGAACUUUAUGUGCUUGUCGCACAUGGAGGAUACCGUCCCACCAUCCCCAUCCCAACAAUCGGCGCUUAAAAGAGCUGGUCUGGGGGAAAAGAAAAUCACGUUAAACCUUGACGAUGGGCCUUUUGAAGUAGAUAAAACACUGAAAGAGGCAUACCCGCAACUCUUUAAGUCAGGUGGUUACGUGCUUUUGAGGAUUGUCGAGCGUGGGGUGAGAGUGCUAUCUGUUAUUAAUGGCCCUUACAGCUGCGAACAACUAAAGGAUGUAAUUGGACAGGGAAAAAUCUUUAUAAGACCUCUACAGAGAGACCUGAGCAUGAAUCCACUACCAACUAAUGAUAAUUAUAAGGUUGAAGAUUUGCAGGRAAAAUGCUUAAAUUGUCAACAAAUGUUCUUCCUGGCAGAGUUGUCAGAACACAUAGAGCAGUGUUGUAAUGAAACCAGUKACACAGCAACAAACCCUGCUUCUACAGAAGCAAGUAAUUCUACUCCAACAGCUACAAAAGCAAGURCCACAGUAACAAACACUACUAUAGCUACUACUACAACAGCUGUUAACUCUGCUACUAUAGAAGACAAAAACCACAAGGCAGAACUAGAUGACUAUUUUGUCCAAAAAUAUGGCCAAGGAGUUGUGUCUGAUGUAAAGUGUCCAAAGUGUGGGUGUGAAGUAGAAAUUCMCUCGGCAGGCACUUAUACAAGUGAAUCAGGGUCUCUGCGAAUCUAUGCUGAUGAGGAAGAGUUUGAAUGUACYAGCUCCCAGUGUCUGUACAGUGAAAAAAGAAACAAAACUUUGGAAAGUGUAUCAACACCCUUAGAAGAUGAUGACGAGGCUUCAGGAGCUCCARGAGUAGACCCUGRCAUUUCUGAUGCUGUUAACCAAACAUUGAAUYAUGCCCACAACCAURAAAUCACCAAUGGGGUGGAAGUGCUUAGAUACUUCCAGAGCAUAAUGGUCACUGGAAGACCAUUAAAUGUAGUGAACCUGGCCCAAGCAACAGAAGGGCCCACCAAUUACAUUCUAGUGGACAGAUACAAUCUUGUGCAAACUGCCUUUGAGGAAAUCAAAGAAAUGGGGAACUUAAGGCAGACAUUGGAAGUGCAGUUUUAUGGAGAGGAAGCUGAAGACAUUGGAGGACCAAGAAGAGAGUUUUUUCGAUUAAUAGUUCRUGAUAUUUUUAACAUCUACUUUGAGAAUGGCUUGAAGCCCCAUAUGGCAAGUGAUUACCAGUUGAUUGGUGUCAUCUUUGGUUUGAGCUUGGUUCAAGGUGGCAAAGUCCCCAAGUUCAAGGAAGAUAUAUUUGAGUCAGUUUUCAACUUAAGUGUGGAUGACCCAUGCCUAAAUCUAUUACGCUUAGGGUUAAAAAAAACUGGCAUAUUCCAGGUAAAUGUGCUUAAACUUUUUUGAGGCCAGUUUUAAUGUCAAUUUUCCCCAAACACACAAACACAUUUAAUGGUCAAGCCUCCUUUUUAAAGUUGUCCAGUUUUCCAGUCCUACCU